AACUCCACACAGCUCCAACAUGAAAUUCCUCAUCGUCUUCGUCGCCCUCUUCGCCAUGGCCGUGGCCCGCCCCAACGAGGCCGAGAUCUUGAGGCAGGACGUCGAUGUUGCACCGGAUAAGUGGAGCUCCAACCUGGAGACCAGCGAUGGCACCAUCAUCGCCCAGGACGGUGUCCUCACGAACGUUGGCACUGAGCACGAGGCCGCUGUCGUUCACGGAUCCUUCUCCUGGGUGGAUGAGAAGACCGGCGAGAAGUUUACCAUCAACUACGUGGCUGAUGAGAACGGAUACCAGCCCCAGGGCGCCCAUUUGCCCGUGGCCCCAGUUGCUUAAAUGUUUCCCAAAUCGAUCAAAGAUUUUAAAAUAAAUCAAAAUGCUUUAAAUUAAA